CAAAUGAUUUGCUAGAAUUCACUGAACUUUGUGCGCAAUCUGAAUUGAUGUAUUUUUCGCGUGUGACCGAUUACAUAAGCUUUGCCACCACCUUCUCUAAUAUCUAUUACUAUAAGAUCAACUGUACUGAUGUCCAUAACUACUACCACUAUGGUUUGAUCAGUCUGUGGUUGAAUGAUCCCUGGUACAGUUCAUGAUAUCAGCCAUCAUUUUCAGCCACUUAACCGGCUUUAAGUCUAAAUGGAGGCAAUAGAAAAUAUUUUCCCCAUUGAACCCAAGUCUAAUCAGAGAAUGUGACCCAAGCAUGAGAAUGACCUGACCUGCAAGUCCUUGUUUUCAAUGUCACCUUUCUCUAGGAUCAGUUCAUCUACCGAUUAACAGUUGGCCCCUGUCUCAGCUACACUCCAAGACAGUAGGCAUCAGCAAAAAGCAGAUAGUUAAAAUUAGUUGGAACAAGAUGAACAACAUCCACAUGUAUCAGAAACUUGUCAAACCUGCAUUGCCAUUUGCUACAACUAGUCUGCCAUUACUUACUGAGAGUACUGCUUGGUUGUGCUUUAAAAAUCACAACAGAAAAUCUUCAGAUAUUCAGUAGUAGCAUAAGGAGCUUACUGAAACAAGAGGUGAUCAUGAGCUACCGGGGGAGCGCGGGCCCGUCGCCGGCGUGGGCGGCGAGCCGGGGGCCGUCCCCGGUGGUGCCGCUCCUCAUCGUGGUGGCGCUGGGGUGGGUCAUCUGCAGCGAGACCCUGAUGGGGUGGUACGAACAGGUGACCGAGGUGAAAGAGACCGUGACGGACAACGCCGCCCUCCUGGUCCUCGGCGCCGGGCUGCUGCUGCUCGCCGCCGCGGUCGUCGGCAACCGGAGCGAGGUGGUCCUCGUGCCGCUGGCGCUGGUGGUGGUCAUGUUCCUGAUCCAGAACAUCAUGGUGGCCGCGCUCCUGCUGCUGCUGGCGGCGUACGUCGCCGGCAUAUACUACUACCGGCCUGACCGCGGGUACUACAGCGGCGGUGUCGGCAUCGCUGGUGGCGGUGAGUGGGGCGGUACCGGGUUGGGGUUCUACAUGCUGCUGCUGCUGUGCCUGGUGCUGUGCGCCAUGUUCUCCGACGAGGGUACCAGCUGGUGGAUACCAGGUGUUCUGCUGGUUGCAUGCGUGCUGUGUCUCAACGUCUUCUCAGGCGGGAAAGUCUGGGGAUAUGAAUACUUCUGAACAUGUUGUUCUCCGGGCAUGCCAGAUGGAACAAAAAAUAACAUUACUACAAAAAGUAUAUGAGCGCUGCAGUGCUAUUAACCUAAUAUAUCAUCAGAUUAAG